AUGGAUCACGACACUGCUGCAGAGCACAGCUUGAGAGAAACAGGGGGCGCGGGCAGCUCGAGUCCUCCGGCAGGCGACAACAACGACGACGGAACCUCCCGCCCCGACCAGCAGGCGCUCCGGGAGAGUCAUGACAUGAACCAGGCAGCCCCCGCCGCUACCGUGCCGCCAGUCCUACCGAGUCAUGAGCUACCGGGCACUGCAGUGGGAACCCUGCCGCUGCAAGGCUUCGAGGUAGCGCUGCAGGCGUCUGUAGGUAGCGGGGGCGAAGCACCCACCGAGCUCAAUGCGACCAGUCUCGAGAGCAUGAUUCUACCCAUCGGCGAGGAGUAUUUAGUUGUGUACACUCUCUUCUCUAGUCUAUAUCCCAGCAGCAGCAUAUAUGACGACUAUUAAAUAGGAACAGCGGCAAGUUCAUUCGAAAAUAACAAUACGCCAAUAUAAUAACAGGCGUCUUCCUGAACGCUUCUCUCAGAAUGGCGGCGAAAGCAACAAAAGCUCGUACAUACAUCGUUACCUGCUGCUGUGCCGCACGAAUUGGGUACAUUUAAGAUAACUCCCCACGCCUGCCUAGACAUAUGUGGGUUGCAACGCGCUGUAAAACACGCCACCCCAAAUAUAGCCCCCAAAGUAUGCGCUACCAAAGACGCGUGACGCAUGGACGAGUGGAGUGAGGAUGGCUGUUUUACGGAAACCUCACAGGUUGAGUAAUGUAUGAGAUUGCCAGACACAUCGACGUGUUGAGUGAUUAUAGCUGUAUACUGGAACCUCAAGGGUUGAGUGAGGUUUGAGAUUGCCAGACACAUGGACGGGUUGAGUGGGGAUAGCUUCAUACUGAAAGCCUACGGGUUGAGUGAUGUUGGAGUGCCGGACAUAUAGAUGCAUUGAGUGGGGAUAGACACAUGCUGAAUCUCACAGGUGAUUUGUAAUGGAGAUUGCCGGACACAUCGACGUGUUGAGUGAGGAUAGCUGCAUACUGAAACCUCACAGAUGGAUUGGUUUUUGAUGCCAGACACAUAGACGCUUUGAGUGAGGAUAAACACAUACUGA